AUGGCGGGUUUGGCAAUUUCACCUCCUCUCAGUCUCACCUUCUCUUCUCAAACUAGAAACGCUAAACCCACUUCGUAUCUAUCUCACAAUCAAAGAAAUCUUACAAGGCGUAUAGUUUCUGCUCUUCCAAGUCCUUAUGGCGAUUCAUUGAAAGCUGGACUUUCCAGUACUUUCUCUGGAUCCCCAAUAAAGAUUAACAACAAUGAACCUCGUAGCAUUGAUCCAAGGUUUGGAGUGAUAAAUGCGAAGAAAGGAAACCCUCCUGUAAUGCCAUCAGUGAUGACCCCUGGAGGACCUUUGGAUCUUUCUUCUGUGUUAUUCCGCAACCGUAUUAUCUUCAUUGGACAACCAAUCAACGCACAGGUUGCUCAGCGUGUCAUAUCUCAGCUUGUAACCCUCGCUUCUAUUGAUGAUAAAUCCGACAUCUUGGUGUACUUGAAUUGUCCUGGAGGCAGUACUUACUCCGUCUUAGCCAUUUAUGACUGCAUGUCUUGGAUAAAGCCUAAAGUUGGAACAGUAGCGUUUGGAGUAGCAGCGAGUCAAGGAGCACUUCUUCUUGCUGGAGGUGAGAAAGGAAUGCGCUAUGCAAUGCCAAACACUCGUGUCAUGAUACAUCAACCUCAAACUGGAUGCGGAGGACAUGUGGAGGACGUGAGGAGACAAGUGAAUGAAGCUAUUGAAGCCAGACAAAAAAUUGACAGGAUGUAUGCAGCUUUCACUGGACAAACUCUUGAGAAAGUGCAGCAAUACACUGAAAGAGAUCGUUUCUUAUCCGCCUCUGAGGCGCUUGAGUUCGGACUUAUCGAUGGACUAUUGGAAACAGAAUACUGA